CUCCUGGGCCAGCUGGAGAACACAGGACCCCCCCCAGCAGACAAGGAGAAGAUCUCGUCGCUCCCAACGGUGCCGGUGACGCAGGAACAAGUCGACACGGGGCUGGAGUGCCCGGUGUGCAAGGAGGAUUACACCGUGGCCGAGCAGGUGCGGCAGCUCCCCUGCAACCACGUCUUCCACAGCAGCUGCAUCGUGCCCUGGCUCGAGCUGCACGACACGUGUCCGGUGUGCAGGAAGAGCCUCAAGGGCGAAGAUUCCAGCAGGCAAAUCCCAAACGCCGGCGCCUCCGACAGCCCAGUGCAGGAGAGAUGGACAUUCUGACCCUCCUGGCAAAGGUUCUGCAGCGUUCCAGAAGGUUCCAGGGCCGUCCCAGCUCGAGGGGUGCGUUGAGAAUUCCACCAGACCCCCCCCAGUAGCAGGAAUUAGGGGGCCCCACCCUGUGGGAUCGCAGCACCGAGCGCUCUCCUCCCAGGAAUUUUUCCUUCUGCUCCACGGAAUUGCCUCGUUAGCCCUAAGUUGGGAAGGUUUUUGGGAGUGUUUUGGGUUCAUUUUUUUUGUAUCAGAAAAGGUUUUUUUUUUUUUUUUUUUUUUUUGUUUCCAGUAGGGGCCCGAUCCGAAGAGGGGUUGCAUCCCUCGUAGCCUUCUCUGGAAAAAGGUUGGGAUCGAAAAAGGGGAUUUUUGGGAUCUUCCUGCACUCCAGGAGGUUGGAGUUGGAGCCACGAGAGAUUUUAUUGCCCCAGUUUGGGAUGGGAUCCUCGGGGGUCUGUGAAAUCAUGGCAGGUGGAAGGAGGAAGGUUCUGGAAGCCUCAG